CAUGAUCUAUACAGAUUCCAGAAAGAUGUAGCGGACAAGAGUUCGGCCUGAUAAUGAAGAUUAAUAAAUAAUGUUUCCUGAACAAUUUAUAAAUUCACAUUUGAAGAGUUUCAUAUGUAUUUUAAAAAGAGCGGAUCGCCGCCUCAUUGGCGGUUGCGCGGGUCACGUGCCCCGAAAGGACCAAUGGUGUGGCGGCGUGGCGGGGCCCGAGGGUUGCCGUGGAGACGCGUCUCUGAGGCCUGCGCGAGGAGAAGCCCGAGAGUCGCUCAGGAGAGUUAAAUCGCCCCGCAGAGAAGGAGCAGAACAACAACAACAACAACAAGGACAACAACGACAACAACAACAACAAAACAACGACAACAACAACAACAACGACGACAACAACGACAACAACGACGACAACGAGACGCAAACUCUUCAGAAGACAACUACCGAUCACAGUGACGCAGCGAGGAUGUCGCGAGCGCAGGCGGAGGGCGUCAUUAAGAACAUCAUCCGCGAAAUCGGCCAAGCGAGCGCGGCGCGGGGAUGCUUGGCGUCGGAGACCCUCGUGGCGUUUAUGUCGUGAAAGCAGGUUGUGAGGAGACAUUGCGCAACGGAGCUGAUUGGUUGCGCUGUCUGCAGGUGAAGGCCGUGGUUCUUGACCCCCGCAAUGGCUUCAACGUGGACCGUACGUUGACUAAGGAGGACGUGCAGAAACUCAUCAAGCUAUGCGAGGACCGAUUGCUGGACAAUAGCCGCCCUUCGCUGGAAACCAUUAAAAUGCAGGUGUAUUUUGACAUGAACUACACAACCCGAGCUGAGUUCCUUGAGGAGCACCGGCGCGUCCUGGAGACCAGGCUGGCGCCCAUCCAGCGUGAGAUCACGGACAGCCGGGCACGCUCGCGGGAGGAGUUAGAGGCCCUCUACCGCAAGGUGGUGAGCUACGUACUGCUCUCUUCGGGCCUCGGAUCUCCCACGCACAUCGCCGUCGUCCGUGAGGCCACCGCGGCGCUGCAGAGCGUUUUUCCACAGACGGACCUGGGCACCUUCCUGGCCAUGACAAAAAAAGAAAAGGAACAGCAGCUGACGGAGCUCUCCCUCAUCACCACGGGCAUCCGCCUAUUCAACAAGAAAUGUGGCAAGGGAGGGGAGGGCAUCGAUGACUUGCCGGCCAUCCUCAACGAGGCCAUCCCGGCCGCCACCAAGCACCUCGACGCGGAGCUGGGAAGCACACGGCAGCUGGCGCACCGCUACACCGCGAUCCUGGAGCAGUGCUCCGAUCCGGCCGACCAGCUGGUCCGGGCCGGCAUAUUCCCCGACACCCUCAGAGAGCUGUUGUUCAACUGUCGGCAGCACGAGUGCUUCCUCAAGAUAUUGUUGGGAGACAUGAUCACAUCGGCCGGAGAGGUGGAGUCUCUGCAGAGCCAGCUGGCAUCUCACAUGGACGCGCUUCAGGGCAUCAUCCAGGCCAAGCAGGCCGUGCCCACAACGCAAGUCUACCCUCAUUUCAUGGCGGUGGCGCGGGUUUGGUGCAGCUUCCAGGACCAGAUGGUGCUGCUCAGCGUCCUCAGCAACGUCAUGACCAACCUGACGCCCUUCCUGGAGCCUCACGGCCGCCUGUGCCCAGAGACGCUGCUGGUGCCGCUCGUGGGCAGCAUCGCUGAGAAGAGCGAUGCUCAGAGGCUGCAGGAGGCCGCGGGUGACCAGGUAAACCCAGCCGAUUUCAAGAGCCAGGAGUGGUUGUUCCCCAAGACCACACGAAACCUGGACCGCCUCCCCAUCCAGUAUCGGGGCUUCUGCGCGUACACGCUGGCCGCCAGAGACACACUGCUUCUGCCAGGCAACACAAACAUUGGAGUUCUGAGGCACAGGGAGAAGCUCUACACCUUCUCCUCCAAGCAGGCCGCGUGCGCCUUCGCCAGCAACCCGGACCACUUCGUCGGCAUGGUGGCCGAGGCAGCCAGGCGCUCCGCAGAGCUCAUUCAGCUGCUGGAACUACACCAGCAGUUCGCAGUCAUUACGCCCUACUCCCGGACACGGGAGCAGGGCGGCCCCGCCGAGACGCCCAUCACCAAGUGCGACAGUGGAACGCAGACGGACACGCACAUCCUGGAGUCCAGCAUCGUGAGGUCGUACGAGUGGAACGAAUGGGAGCUCCGGCGCAAGGCCAUUAAACUGGCAAAUCUGCGGCGCAAGGCCACGCACUCGGCGCAGACGGACCUGAGCCACCUGCGGAGGGACGGCGCCACUCAGGUGUACCUCCCGCGUGAGGUGGGCACGCAGACCAAGCGUGAGGGCGCCACCGACGUGCCGAGGCCCAGCGUCUACCUGGCCGGCCUUCGGGGCGGCCCCGCCGGUCAGCCGACGCGCGCCGUGCACGUGGACCUCACGCGCUACCCCGAGCAGCCUUAGUGGGACCACGCCGUGCCACACUGGGCCUACCCUGAACUACGUCACGUAGGGGCUAGGCGUAUAGAUAACAAAGGUUAUUGGUAGCUAUAAGGCACCUAUAAAGUUGCGUCGUCAUUCUUGUUUGCCCUUUUGCGUUGAAUUGCCACUGCACGAAAAAUUAUUUUCCUGAGCUGAUCUUAUUAUGUGUAGAGUGCCGUUGCACUCUACCUUGUCGAUGGCUUGGUGAAAUGGCAACCUACAGAUCUACAAGUGUGGCUCGGGCUAAGGCUGAACAGAUUGCUGUUGUUGCCGUGCCUCAUUAGGUUUUCUGACGUUUGUGUGUGCUUCACCGUGCUGGUUCAUGGCUUGGUCAGGGUUUUCCUCGGUCGCAGAAGCACAGUGCUGAAGCGUGCUCAAGUCUCUUCUCGUAUUUUUACGUGUUCUUUUAAAUAUGCAGUGGACCUCCAACUGCGAUCACAUCUUCAGGCUUUGUACGAAUUGGCAGAAAACAUUUCCUACAGCAUCCUGUCCAGCCUGCUACUUCUGUGUAAAUGGUUUAAAAUUGUAGUCUUUAUACUCACUCAAGUGCCACACUGUUCACACACUACUCAUGUGGAGAGGGUCUGUCUCUAUUCUUGAAUAAAAAAACAAGUUGCCAUAACAAUCUCUAGAGGUUCCUAAUGUCAAUUUUUAUUCUAGAUUUAGAGGCUUGCUUUUCUCUGGUGGGCAGAAUUAGCAGAGGCUGUUUUGUUCUCAAGCACUCACUGUGCCGUGCCAUGACCACUGCCGCCACCGCCGCAGGCUGUGCGACACCCUGGUGCGGUGUUGCAGCAUCAGCAGCAGCACUUCACAGCCAUCUGGCUGUCAGCUACAGCUGCUGCUACACCGCGUGAUAUGGACACACGCUAUUAUGCAAAGCCACACAAUCUACUGGGCACGUGCUCCCCCACCCACUGAGACGGUGAUAAUUAUUUCCCGUUUUGCGUUGGCUAAAUGAGGAUUAUAAUGAUGUGCUGGACAGUGUCGUGGGAUAAGCCACAUUAUUAAGGCCUUUGGGAGGAGAUGUACUGCCUGUGGGGCACGACUUUAUAUCCUUGCAAUUUAAUAAAUGAUAGAAACGAUUGGAAAAUGUAAUUUAAAACAUGGAGAAAGUAAAACCGUCAUCUCAAAACAUCGCCUUUCAAUUCUGUAAAACGAAUCUGCAGUUCCCCUUGAAAGAGAGACACAUGUUGGUAGACUAGAAACAGAUUUGUCAUAACUGGCAAGCUGCCAGCCACUGCGUGGUGAGUGAUGCUUGUAGCCACGGCUUAAUUUCUCAGAAUAUUGCCCGGGCCGCUGUUUGACUGGAGUAAGCGGUACCCAAACUCGUAGUAUCCACAGCCAUACCGAGAUAUUUAUAAUGGAUGUAGUGUGCCGGAGGUGGAAUUCAUUUCUGGGUCUCUAACCUGGACAGACGCAGCUGAAAUGAAACUCAACUGGGGCUUCUGGCGAUUUCAUGUGUGCCACUCAUCCAGCAGCCUGCAUUAUUUAUGGCACAACAAUUACUGAGUUUUCCACCGAACCACCACCCUGUUAAUAUUUUACGUAAUUUUUACCGAUGCACCUUUGUGUGCCAUGUUUUUUUA